CCUCGGGACGGGAUGGUCGAUAAAGGGCAGCAGGGCGCAUCGGCCCAACCGUUGGUCAAGAUAGGCCACUAUAGCCUUGGUGCCACCCUGGGCACGGGAUCGUUCGGUAAGGUCAAAAUCGGAGAGCACCAGGUGACGAAGCAUAAGGUGGCGGUCAAGAUUCUGAACAGGCAGAAAAUCAAAAGUCUCGAUGUGGUGGGCAAGAUUCGGCGGGAGAUACAGAACCUGAAGCUGUUCCGCCAUCCGCACAUCAUCAAGCUGUACCAGGUCAUUUCGACUCCGACCGACAUUUUCAUGAUCAUGGAGUACGUUAGCGGUGGCGAACUGUUCGACUACAUCGUCAAGAACGGUAAGCUGCAGGAGUCGGAAGCGCGACGGUUCUUCCAGCAGAUCAUUUCCGGCGUUGACUACUGUCACCGGCACAUGAUCGUGCAUCGUGAUUUGAAGCCGGAAAAUUUACUGCUCGAUCACAAUCGUCAUGUGAAGAUUGCAGAUUUCGGUUUAUCAAACAUGAUGCUGGAUGGCGAGUUUUUGCGCACGUCCUGCGGUUCACCGAACUACGCCGCACCGGAAGUCAUUUCCGGCAAGCUGUACGCAGGGCCCGAGGUGGACAUCUGGUCAUGCGGUGUCAUACUGUACGCAUUGCUAUGCGGCACGCUACCGUUCGACGACGAGCACGUUCCCACGCUGUUCCGCAAGAUCAAAUCGGGCGUGUUUCCCAUUCCAGAGUAUCUGAACAAGCAGGUGGUCAGCUUGCUGUGCCAGAUGCUGCAGGUGGAUCCACUGAAGCGUGCCACGGUCGAGGAGAUCAAAAAGCACGAGUGGUUCCAGAAGGAUCUGCCGGCGUACCUGUUCCCGUCGCCCGUCGAGCAGGAUAGCAGCGUGGUGGACACGAACGCUAUUCGUGAGGUGUGUGAAAAGUUUGGCGUAAAAGAGCACGAAGUCCACAAUGCGCUGCUGAGCGGUGAUCCUCAUGAUCAGCUAGCGAUCGCUUACCAUCUUAUAAUCGACAACAAGCGUAUCGCGGAUGAAGCAGCCAAAGCGGAGCUGAAAGAGUUUUACGUUGCCGGAAGUCCACCACCACCGGGUGCGGAUAGUAAGUUUGGCAUCCCGCAAGGGCCAGCUUCGCUCGGAGCCGGAUCGACACAAGGCACACCAAACGAACCCUUCAAAUCGCCAUCGAUUCAUCCGGAACGGAUCGCACCGUUGCGGGAACGUCCAGUAACAACGAGCGCCCAAAAUGUUCCAUCACCCGCACUCAGCAGCAUGUCCCCUUCGACCGUAAUGCCAAUCGACAAACAUCGUGGAACACCGGUUAAGCGAGCCAAGUGGCAUUUGGGCAUUCGAUCACAGUCCAAACCGAACGACAUCAUGCUGGAGGUGUACCGUGCUAUGAAGGCGCUCGAUUUCGAAUGGAAAAUCAUCAACCCGUACCAUGUGCGCGUUCGCAAGUACAACGCACGCAACGAUAAGCACGUAAAGAUGUCACUGCAGCUGUAUCAGGUCGAUCCGAAGAACUAUCUGCUUGAUUUUAAAUCGCUCACGAACGAUGAGGUCGAGCAGGGUGAUGAUGUGAUUAUGGAAAGUUUGACCCCACCGCCACCGGUCGGAUUCGGUGGGAUGGGUAUUCCGAACCUGCAGCAGCCCAGUGGCCACCAUACGAUGGAGUUUUUUGAGAUGUGUGGUGCCUUGAUAGCGCAGCUGGCACGCUAA